AUGGCAUCAGCGAUCCACAUGCCAGGCCCAGUAUGCCUCAUUGAAAACACUGAAGGGCAUCUGGUGGUGAAUUCAGAAGCUCUGGAGAUCCUCUCUGCCAUUACACAGCCUGUAGCAGUGGUGGCAAUUGUGGGCCUCUACCGCACAGGCAAAUCCUACCUGAUGAACAAGCUGGCUGGGAAGAACAAAGGCUUCCCUCUGGGCUGCACAGUGAAGUCUGAAACCAAAGGCAUCUGGAUGUGGUGUGUGCCCCAUCCCUCUAAGUCAAACCACUCCCUGGUCCUUCUGGACACGGAGGGCCUGGGUGAUAUGGAAAAGAGUGACCCUAAGAAUGACUCUUGGAUCUUUGCCCUGGCUGUGCUUCUAAGCAGCAGCUUUAUCUACAACAGCAUGAACACCAUCAACCACCAGGCCCUGGAGCAGCUGCACUAUGUGACUGAACUAACAGAGCUAAUCAGGGCAAAAUCCUGCCCCAAACCUGAUGAAGUUGAGGACUCCAGCGAGUUUGUGAGUUUCUUUCCAGACUUUAUUUGGACUGUUCGGGAUUUUACCCUGGAGUUGAAUUUAGAUGGACACCCCAUCACAGAAGAUGAAUACCUGGAGAAUGCCUUGAAGCUGAUUCCAGGCAAUAAUCCCCAAAUCCAAAAUUCUAACAAGCCCAGGGAGUGGAUCAGGCAUUUCUUUCCAAAACGGAAGUGCUUUGUCUUUGACCGGCCAACAAAUGACAAAAAACUCUUACUCCAUGUUGAAGAAGUACCAGAAGACCAACUGGAUAGUAAUUUUCAGGUGCAAUCAGAAAACUUCUGUUCUUAUAUCCUCACCCAUGCAAAGACCAAGACCCUGAGGGAGGGAAUCCUUGUCACUGGAAACCGGCUGGGGAUGCUGGUGGAGACCUACCUGGAUGCCAUCAACAGUGGAGCGGUGCCUUGUCUGGAGAAUGCAAUGGCAGCUCUGGCCCAGCGUGAGAACUCAGCAGCCGUGCAGAGGGCAGCUGACCACUACAGCCAGCGGAUGGCCCAGCAAGUGAAAUUCCCCACAGACACGCUCCAGGACCUGCUGGACGUGCACACGGCCUGUGAGAGGGAAGCCAUUGCAGUCUUCAUGGAGCACUCCUUCAAGGAUAAAAACCAGGAAUUUCAGAAGAAGCUUGUGGACACCAUGGAGAAAAAGAAGGAAGACUUUGUGCUGCAGAAUGAAGAGGCAUCUGCCAAAUAUUGCCAGGCUGAGCUUAAGCGGCUUUCAGAGCUCUUGAUGGAAAGUAUUUCAAGGGGAACUUUCUUUGUUCCUGGAGGGCACAAUAUCUACUUAGAAGCAAAAAAGAAGAUUGAACAGGACUAUACACUAGUGCCCAGAAAAGGAAUUAAGGCAAACGAGGUCCUCCAGAGCUUCCUGCAGUCACAGGUGGUUAUAGAGGAAUCCAUCCUGCAGUCAGACAAAGCCCUCACUGCUGGAGAGAAAGCCAUAGCAGCUAAGCAGGCUAAGAAGGAGGCAGCUGAGAAGGAACAGGAGCUGCUAAGACAAAAACAGAAGGAACAGCAGCAAAUGAUGGAGGCUCAAGAGAGAAGCUUCCAGGAAAACAUAGUCCAACUUAAGAAGAAGAUGGAGACGGAAAGGGAAAACUAUAUGAGAGAGCUGAGAAAGAUGCUGAGUCAUAAGCUGAAGGUCCUAGAAGAACCACUUACUGAAGGAUUCAAAGAGAUAUUUGAGUCAUUAAAUGAAGAGAUUAAUCGACUGAAAGAAGAGAUUGAAGCAGCUGAAAAUGAAGAGCCCUCAGUGUUUUCACAGAUUCUUGAUGUGGCUGGCAAUAUGUUUAUUGCAGUGCUACCUGGGGCUGCUAAGUUAGUUGAUUUAGGGAUGAAAAUUCUUAGCUCUUUUAUGUAAUAGGCUGAGAAAUCCUGGUAAGAAAAUUAUGAAAUGAGGUUUCUUUUGUUA